UCCCCUCGCUGCGUCCUUCGCCCAAAGGAAAGCGAAACCUCCCCUCUUUCUUCCGCUUCCUCUCGCUCCUCCGACAAAUCUUUAGGGCUUCUGCUCCAGAUCGAGACGGAAAGAAAGGGAGAGGGAGAAUAGAAGAUGAGGGAGAUCAUAAGCAUCCAUAUCGGUCAGGCCGGGAUCCAGGUGGGGAAUGCCUGCUGGGAGCUCUACUGCCUCGAGCACGGCAUCCAGCCUGAUGGCAUCAUGCCCAGUGAUACUUCGGUAGGGGUGGCAUCCGAUGCCUUCAAUACCUUCUUCAGCGAGACUGGUGCUGGCAAGCAUGUACCAAGGGCCAUCUUUGUAGAUCUGGAACCGACUGUCAUCGACGAAGUCAGAACCGGUGCGUAUCGCCAACUCUUCCAUCCCGAGCAGCUCAUCUCUGGGAAGGAGGAUGCCGCAAAUAACUUUGCUCGGGGCCACUAUACAGUUGGGAAGGAAAUUGUAGAUCUCUGUCUCGAUCGUGUCAGAAAACUAGCGGACAAUUGUACUGGCUUGCAAGGGUUUUUGGUUUUCAAUGCUGUUGGUGGUGGUACUGGAUCCGGUUUGGGUUCCUUGCUUUUGGAACGGUUGUCUGUGGAUUAUGGGAAGAAGUCGAAGCUUGGUUUUACGAUAUACCCUUCUCCUCAGGUAUCUACUGCAGUUGUGGAACCAUACAACAGCGUCCUCUCCACACAUUCCUUGCUCGAGCACACUGAUGUUGCAGUUCUUUUAGACAAUGAAGCCAUCUACGAUAUCUGCAGAAGGUCUCUGGAUAUCGAGCGGCCAACCUACACCAACUUGAACCGGCUGAUAUCUCAGAUCAUAUCCUCCUUGACUACCUCUCUGAGGUUUGAUGGGGCCAUUAACGUGGAUGUCACAGAGUUCCAGACCAAUCUUGUUCCGUAUCCCAGAAUUCAUUUCAUGCUGUCCUCCUAUGCCCCUGUUAUUUCCGCUGAGAAAGCAUACCAUGAACAGCUCUCUGUCCCUGAGAUCACAAAUGCAGUAUUCGAGCCAUCCAGUAUGAUGGCCAAAUGUGAUCCAAGGCAUGGAAAAUACAUGGCUUGCUGUCUGAUGUACCGAGGAGAUGUUGUGCCUAAGGAUGUCAAUGCCGCUGUUGCAACCAUCAAGACCAAGAGAACUGUCCAAUUUGUGGACUGGUGUCCUACUGGAUUUAAGUGUGGAAUCAACUAUCAGCCACCAACAGUGGUUCCUGGAGGAGAUUUGGCUAAGGUUCAGCGUGCCGUGUGCAUGAUCAGCAACAACACUGCUGUGGCCGAGGUGUUCUCACGAAUCGACCAUAAGUUUGACCUCAUGUAUGCAAAGCGUGCGUUCGUUCACUGGUACGUCGGUGAAGGGAUGGAAGAAGGUGAGUUCUCAGAGGCACGAGAGGACCUGGCUGCCCUGGAAAAGGACUACGAGGAGGUCGGAGCAGAGGGUGCAGAUGAUGAAGAGGAUGAGCCAGAGGAUUACUGAAUCAUGUUUGCAUUGUGAGAAUUUGGUCUGAGUUGGAUGUGCAAUAUCUCAAGCUUGUGAUUAGCGUCGAGCCCUCGUUCGAUAUGUUCUCGACUUCUGGUUGUUUUUAAACACAUGUCGGGUUUAUUAAAAUUGUUCCAGUUAUUUCAGGUUA